AAUUCAAAUUUUACAACGGCUAGAAAUUUUUUGAAAUUAUAGAGGUAAUGUUGAAAUUAUAGAGGUAAAAUAAAAUUUGAGCAGGUUACACUGAAAAAAAAACAAAAAAUCAUUAAUUAUAGCAUUGACACAUUGUUUUAAGCUUUUUAACUAAUCGAUCGGCCAAUAACUCGAUAGAACUGAGCUAAUAAAACAAAUCCGAGCUCGCUACGAUGUCUGGUUGCAAAGUUUUUAUGCUUGCCCGAACGAACGAACGAACGAACAAAGUGUAUUAUUAAGCUCCCUUUUCGAAAACAAGUUUUCAAAAAUGCGCUAAAAAUUUUGCAGAACUGACCGUUUCUUUUCGUACCUGAUGAAAAUUAAGUUUCGUGAUUGCCUAAACUGCCUCCAAACCACUAAAUCAUAAUAAUUUAAGCUUGAUCAAGCUUCAAACCAUAUUUUGAACAUAGAAUUAGUUGCAAUUAAGUAGGGUGACCAUCUGCGUAGUUUUUCAACGGACAAAACUUUGCUUCCUGAAUAGUUAAAUUUCAGUAUUGUAAGUAUUGUAAAGUAUUGUAAAUUUAUAUGAAAAGUAUUGUAAGUAUUGUACAAUACUUACAAUACUUACAAUACUUAUAUGGCAAGUAUUGUAAGUAUUGUAAGUAUUGUACAAUACUACAAUACUUGUAUGGAAAGUAUUGUAAGUAUUGUAAGUAUUGUACAAUACCGUACAAUACUUUGGAGUGUCUGACCCUUGCUUUUUUGUUUGUCAACUUUUUAAACCUUUUUUUAUUAAUUGAAAAUUUCGAGUGAAUAUAAAAAAGUCAUGUGAUGUUAAUAAAUUUUAAUCUAAUCCUUUGUCUAGCAACAAAUCGUACUUCAGACAAAAAACUUGUAAAACUCAAUUACACAAUAUUAUAUUUUUGCUAAGACGCAAUAUUUUCUUGAACAAAGGCAAGGCUCCCGCAGAUUAUGAGCUUUUUAAAAUGAAAUUUAUAAUCUUUGUAAGGAAUUAUUUAAGAAUUUUAACCUACGAAAACCUUGAACAAAUGAUACAAUCUUAUAUGGUGAUGUUUUGAAUGUUUACUUAAUAUUUUCAAACAAAUAUUAAACUGCGGAAUUCGAUAAUGUUAUACGAAUGGAAAGUUUGUUGCAAGGCGUGGAAACUCAGGAUUAAUUCUGAAAAAUCCCAAAAAUCCAAAAAUUCCUGAGCCAAUAAUCAUGGAAAUGUGAAAUCCCUUUUAAAUCCCGAAGUUGUUCAUCAAAUGCAUCAGGGAUUUAAAGUGGAUUCUCCAUUUCCAUAUUUAUUGGCUCAGGAAUUUUUUAGGAUUUUUCAGGAUUAAUCCUAAGUUUCCAUGCCUUGGUUUGCUGUCAUAAAUUACACAGGACUUUGUUGUUGACAAUGAUAAACGUUAUCGUUUAUAUUAAUUAAAAAAAAAUAAAUCUUUAAUUUGACAAAAAUAAUGGAGUUCAGGAAAUACAACGUGCUCCUCAAGAUUUAAUUUUAAAAUAAUCGUCCUUCAAUCAACAGCAAGUUGUGAUUCGGCAAACUAUCUUAAAAUGAUUUGGCAAGAACAGAAGAUGGUUACCUUUUGUAUUCAGAUGAACUGUUUUGUAUUAAUUUUAUGCAACUGGUUUUUUAUUCUGUGCAUCAAUUUUUGGCUCAAGGGUUAGAAUGAGGUUAAUUUAGCUUCAGAAACAGUCGCUGGUUAAAAAUCACACAGCUAAUACGCAUAUUUUGAUACCCUUUGAAAUUUUUGAAAAUGAGUUCUUCAGGCUGUAGUAAAAAAAUUGUGUUUUGACUGAAACUAAAAAUUUAAACGCUCUUAGCGUGGAAUAUAAUUUUUAAUAACUUUUAUUAAUUUUAAUAUGUAUUUUUUCUUUUUUUUUAAUUUCUAGAAAACAUGUGUGGACUCAAUGAUACUGUCAACAAUGCCAAAAAACUUUUAAAUAAUAAGUUAAAUACUGAAAAUGAACUUAGAAAAUUGUUUUUUGGUCCUCGUUUGAUAAAUCACAAAAUUGUAAAUUUUUUAUUUGUUGGUGAUGACGAAAAUGAUUUUCUGAAAAGCUUUAUUAAUUAUUUUUAUGAUCGGUUUGAUUCACUAAAAUAUAAGAAGAAGAAACGAAAUGUGGAUUGGAAAAAUUUAAAAAUUGAAUAUUCAGCAAUUAAUAUCUGGAAUGAUGUUUUUAUACACGCUGAUGAAUCUUCUGGUAAUUAUUUUGGAAUUCUGUUGACGAAUAUCAAUCGACUCCAAAAUAAGGAGGCCAUCAGCGGCGCUGAAGUACUUUUUAAAAUUGGAUCUUUGAUUCCUUCAACAAAUGUCGUAAAUUUAAGCGAUAAACUAUCUGAAAAUAAUUUAUAUUAUUUUAAGAAAACACUCGAUUUUCUGCUAAAUUAUCAAAACUUAUCAAAGUUCAAUAAAAAUGGAAGUGAAUUCAUCGAUCAAUUGACGAUUGUAAAUCAAAGUCACGAAAUUUUCAAGUAUUUAAAUAUUACUGAUGAGGAUACGUCAACAUCAAAAUUAGAAGAACUAGAGACUCAACCAUCUUGCUCAACAAGCAGCAAUCAAAUUAAAAAUAAGAAAAAAUACAGCAGACAAUCUGAUGAUGAUUAUCAAGCUUCCCUCAGCAGUCCAAAAAAGAGUAGGACUUCUGACAGUGAAUUAGAUGAUGAUGAUGAAGAUAAAAACGCAAUUAAUGAUUUUAAAGAAUGUUCAAGAGCUCACAAGAUGGAAUCAAAAUCAAAAACCUUCAAAUUUAUUUCCCCAAGAUGUGUUAAAAAGUAUCAAGCUAAAGCAUUGGCAAAAGAAAUCAACAGUUUAACCAUAAAUACGAAAACGAGGAAUUUCGAGACAAUGCUUGAUGUUGAACAAUACCUUACAGCUCUUCCAACUAAAACGCAAGAGAAUGACUGCAUCUUUAGACUUCCUGAGGACAUUUUCAUUGAGGCUUUUAAAUUCUUAAAUGACGAUGAAAAAUUGAAUUUAAUUUUUACUUCACAAGGAUUUGUUAAAAUCUUUCAAAUGUCCAAAGCAAUUUUGAAAAGAUUUAAAAUAAGAGUCAAUAAGCACAAUAUAGAUAAACUCUUAAGACAUCCUCCAUUGCACCGCAUCCCCGUCAUCAACUUAUCUUUCGAUCUUGAAGGAAUUUAUGAGAAUCAAAAAUAUUUGAUACUUUUGAAUAAAUUUAAAGGAUCAAUUGAGCACCUUGAAGUUAAAAAUGCAGAAUUUAAAAAUUAUAAUGAAUUUUACGAAUUUUUCGGACAUAUUCCUUAUCUAAAAACUUUGUACCUAGAAAGAUGCAAAGUUGGAAACGUUAAAAAUGAAAUAUUUCCACAACAACCUCAUUUGGAAUCAAUUUAUUUAAACAAAUGCGACGACAACAUUUUCAAAAUCUUACAAAAUCAACAAUCAAUUUCAAAAAUCACAAUCCGCAAUGAUGACUGGACUUGGAAUGGAUUUCCUCAUAACAUCUUCAAUGAAAUGGCAAAAAAUGCACAAAAAUUAAAGAAAAUUGUGUUAAUUGGCUCCGGAACCGGAAGUUUCUUCGACACUGAUGACAUUUCAUUCAAAGUUGAAGUUUUAGACACAACAAUGAUCACUUUCCAUUGGUACGUAGGCAUUAGAAAUGGAAGGACUAGCUUCCUGAAAACCCAACUUGGACAUCUUAAAGAAUUAACAAUUCAUCAACUUCCAUUUGAUUUUGACGGUGGUAAAGUCCUCAAGUACAUCAUUGAAGAGAUGAAUUUGGAUAACUUUUAUUACGGCAAGAUUCCAUUGAUCCUCGAUGGACAGAAGCAGGAAGUCAAGGAAUUUGAAGCAAAUGAAAUACAAAUAACAAGCAUUUAUGAAAUGUUUAAACAAUUUCCAUCAACUCCUUCAUUUCGGUUCAAUUUGUCAUCAACAGACAUUGCAAGUGACGAAAUCGAGAGACUCAUAAAUCCACAAACAAGUUUAUUUAAAGGACUAGAAAAUUUUGAAGUUGUUGACAGCAGUAAGUAUAGAGGUACGCUUGGAGUGUUUUUAGGGAUGUUCAAAAACAUGAGAAAUUUAAAAAGCUUGUCACUAAAGACUGAAGAUCGCAACAUAAACACUUUACUUGAAGAAUUUCUGCCAUGCAUGUCAAAAUUGGAAGAAAUUUAUUUAACAUCAACAGCACCAAGAAAAACAGAAAGAUUAAAUAUAAUUAAGUCAUUUGUUCCAUUAAUUCGUAAACUUAGUGUUGCACCUCAGUUUGUUGAGGAAGCAAAGAUGGUUUUUGAAAGCACUGUUGAUGUAUGCAGUGUCUUUGAAGUUUAGUUAAGAUACCAAAUAUAAUUUACUAUUAUUUACUUCUAACGAAUGAAAAUUUUCUAAAAAAGAAGAAUAAUUCAAUUAUAAAAUCAGGUAAAAUUGGGAUUGAAAUGAAAUAAUUUAAUCCUAAAUCCGUAAAUGACUGUCAGUAUUUUUUAAAUUGAACUUAUAAUGUGGUACAAAGUCAUUGCCAGGAAUAUGAAGACGAAGUGGAAAAUUUUAGGGGGGGGGGGAUAUUUUUCAUAAAACCCUUUAAAAAAUUAACAAAUUUCUGUUUAUAAACUUAGGGAUAUUUUUGUUCUAUAAUUAGUUUAUUAACUAGAUCUUAAACUGAUUUCUCUCACCUAAAAGGUUUUUUAAUGCCUGUUUUAAUAGUUUUAAUCCUGUGCGUAAAAAGGCUUUUUCCUUUUCGAGGCGAGAGAAAUAUUUACAAAAAUUCAAUAAUAUUCAUGAGUUAAUUACCAAUUCGACAUAUUUGUCAUUUUUUUAAAUUUUUAAUGAUUAAGUGUUAAAAUGGGUGUGACAUCAUAAAGUAGGAUUUUAAUUAUCAUUAUUGAAUUUAAAUUGUGCAGAUAUUUAACUUUUUGUUUUAAUUCCACACCAAUUUUCAAAUAUUAUUAAAUCAAAUAAUUUUAAUGCAAUUAUUUAUAAGCAACUCCAUACUUUUUGUAUCAAAAGCUGAGGUCGAAGUCGACAUGAAUUCCUUAAAAAACGAAUCAAAUUUGCAAAGAAUAUUUUCUGCUGCAACUUUUUUUAUGAUAAGCGAAAGAUUAUGUCGAUUUUGACUUCUGAAAUCAAAAGUGUUAACUUAGAAAUUUCUAAUUUAUUUAUAAGUUAUUUAAUUUGUUUAAAAGACGAGAUUAAAUAUUCAAAUACUUAAAACAUUUAUCGAGAUCAGUAAAAUAUUUAAAUUUGCAAUCUGAAUUGCGUAAUAGUUUAAUAAAAUGUAAUUUUUUAAAAAAUUAAUAUUAUUAAAAAAUAAAACAACA